AUGUCACACAAAUCAACACGGUUACACGAACAUGCGGAACAACAGCAGCAAGAACAAAAAAAUACGGAUCACCAUGAACAAACGUUCGAAGGGAACCAGCAACCACAAUUGCCAGAUGACGAUGUGACAGAUUUACCCGUUGAACCUGAAAUGGGAAUACAACACGAAGAAGAAGAAACUUUACACGCAUUAUACCAGAAAACCCAAUUGAUCGAAAACCAGCUUCAACAGAAAAUCCAAUUGAUCGAAAACCAGCUUCACCACGAAAUUCAAACUAUAAACGAUAAAAUAGAAAUUAUGACAAAUCAAUUCGAAGAACAGAUGAAGGAACUAAAAUCGAUUAUCCAGAACGAGCAAACAGCACGAGUUACAUCAAAUCGUUUAAUUGAACCUCGUGAUAUUCCAUUAGAACAACAAGGUGGAGUGACAUUCACUGAUCGACAGAAGAAAGUUUUAGAAAUUUAUAAUCAACGACAUGCAGCUAAUUUACAUAAAAUGGUGGAAAUUCCACGUUGCAUUAUUCCACCCGAGCUGAAAGCAAAGCAAGCAUAA